CUAGUCUAAAUUGGUUAGCGAUAACCCUUUGAACCAAAAAAAAAUCAUCACAAGUCCUCACAACACAAUCGAGGGAAGGAAGGCGCAGCAAUGAGCUUGGCACUGAUCCAAAGCUACUCUUCAGCCGAAGAAGACGAACAGCAAGAAUCAAAUCAUCACUAUCACAAUUUCUCCGACGAAGAUGAUGACUCUGAUUCCGACAACAACGCCGCCGUUUCACGCGUUCCCUCCUCUUACCGCCCUGUUGCCGCCCCUAAAUCUUCUCACGAUUCAGCUCUUCCCUCUGCCCUCGACGCUUUCUCCGAAAUUUCAGGGCCACCGCAGUUUCUUAAUAAUUGCGUAGAAGAUCAGAGUGUAAGAAGAGAUGUUAUUGUUCAUCGAGGUCGCAAGAAAAGCAGAGACAAGAAAGAUCUGCCUACUGGUGCUGUGGUGGAAGCCAAGGCCCAUAUAGUUGGCAUUCGUGAACGAGUAAGGAGUGAUGUUGAGGGUAAUGUUCCUUCAACGCAGCCUCAGAAAACACCCCCUGCUACUAAAACUGAUGAUGGCUCUCAACCAAGGAUGUGCUUGCAAUGCGGUAUACCCUUGACCUACUCCAGUGCCCUUGGGAUGAUUUGUCCUGUAUGUCCUUUAGAUGACUCAAAGAAGAAGGGAUCAACCGUUAAAGAUAAAGAGAAGAGCAAGCGAAUGAAAGGCCAGUCUUCUCAUGCUAGUUGGAAAAGUGAGACAGAGAUGCACCUCAGGCAGCAAUUUGAUUAGAAGAUUUGAAGGAACAAUUCUGCAUGCUGGCAACAUACCAUCAGUGAAAGCUUAGCAUAGCCGCCUGUUAUUUUAUUUCUUCCAGAAAUUAGUGUUAAUGACUAUCGUAUGAUGUUAGUUAAAUUCAGAGAUCUUUCUGGAAGGAAUUGCAACUGUGUUUAUGCUUGUAUCAUGUGUAUGAUGAUUGCCGUCACGUCCAUUAGAAUCCAAGCUUCCAAUUCUAAUUCCAACUUCCCUCCCCAAGACCUAACAUUUUUAUGCGGGAAUAUUCUUUUCUCUGCUAUAAAUUUAAGAUCAAGUUCACUCGGCA